CGACCGCAAUGAGCUUGGUAUGUACAGCAUCUGUCUGUGAGCCACAUGCAAGUCUCCCUCGACAACUUUGCAAACAAGCCGGAUAUCAUGUCAAGUGCAUCGACACCUGCCCGUCCGGACUCGGGGAACUUUGACGAAGAUCCCAAGAAUUCAGCUGUCUUGCAAGCGAUAGAGGAGUGCAAGUCUGUGAUCGGAGGCUUGCAGAAAGAGCUCGCUGAAGGAUUCAAGCCCAAGGCCAUCGACAGCGUGUCGGACGAAGCGCAUGCGCACAAGGCGACAUUGGGACUCGGCCUGUUGGGAUGCAACAUCGAUGAGAUGGUGAUCGGAGGUCCAGCUCACUCUUGCGGCAAGUUGGCAAGAGGAGAUGUCAUCGAAGAAAUCGAUGGGGUGGCUGUAAACAACGACGACAUUACAACUCACCUGGUGGGAACCGAUGAGCCGGGAUCGGUUGUGACGCUCAAGGUCAAGAGAGGAGGCGAGGCCUCUGUAGAGAUCACGUUGACGAGGAUGGCCUCUGAGACCAUCGCUGACAAACGACAGAUCUUCGAGCUGUUCACUCAGAUCAAGACCGGCCAUCAGAAAGAGGACGAAAGGGCCAAGACCAUGACCAAGAUCAUCGAUCUCUGGUCCAAGAUGUCAGCAUCGGAAAGUCAACAUUUGAACGAGCUGAGCCAAUAUGCAAACAGGCUGCAAGAAAAUUCCUCGAGCAGGCUCGCGAGCCUCGAGAAGAAUUUCGAAGUGAUUCAUGAGCAAUACAGAAAGCGUGUGGAAGGCUUGUCUUUGCAUAUCGAUGAGAUCCAGAAGGCGCUGGAGGGACAGCAGAUGUCGAACAGCAUUCUAUCGAAGCAGAACGAGGAGCUGCUGAACCAGAUAACGGAUUCGAAGAGUACCCAUUCGCAAGAGCAGGACAACCUGAAGAAGGAGCUGCAGUCGGAGAUUCGGGAGAAGAGUUCGAGGAUCGAAAGCUUGGAGUCGGAGCUCUCUUCGUUGAGAGAGAAGCUUGACACAGAGAAGGACCUCGCAACCAACGGCAUGGUCGAGCUGGACUCCCUCAAGUCCAAGGUAGAAGCUCUAGAGCUCGAGCUGGGCGCUGCCAAGGAGCGAGAGAGCAGCCUGCUGGCUGAGAAGGAACAGUUGAGGACUCAAGUAGCUGAGAGGGAUCAGGAGAUUGAAAUCUUCAAAGAGUCUGCAGGGCUUGAUGCUCAGCUCGUGGAGCAGCUAGAGACCACGAAGAAGCAGCUCGCGGACGAGUGCAGGCGGACUGAAGAGUACAGCACCGACCUGGAGAUCUUGAAAGAUCACAUCGGGUCGAUCACAGCUGAGUCGCAGGCGAAGCAGGACGAGCUGAACAAGAAGAUCAACGAGCUCCUGGAGGUGAUUGAAUUCUCUCGGGAGGAGCAUGAAAAGGAGGUGAAGAGGCUCAAGGAGGAGUUCGAGAUGAACAACAGCGAAGUACAUAACCUGGUGAACAAGAAGAACGUCCUCAUGGACGAGACCCUGGAGCUGGAGAAGACCAACAAGAUCGCGAUGAAGGCCAUCGAGAGGAUGUAUCGUUACGUUUGCGGGGAGAAAGCCACCAUCAUCAUCGAAGGCAACAGGAUGAGUCGCGAGCAGGCAAGGAGGUCGCAAUCUCCGCGCCAUCACAAGGCACAGCACAAGAACUGGGAGGACACAACGAGGCUCCAGGCGCCGAAGCCGGCCGUCAUUGAGACAAAAGUGGAGCUGAAGUUGCCCAAGGUUGACCAGGAGUGGAUGGCUGAUAAGGAGGAGGCCUCCCAGGCCCUGGCUUCUCCUGCUCCCACGGACUUCCGCGCGCUUCCUUCCGUGGUGUCCUGGUUCCCUCCGCGAGUUAUUCACUUGCACAAGUUCUCCUCGUUCCCUUCCGUGGUGACGUGGAACUCGUUGAACCGUAACAGCUCUACAGAGCUUGGAGUUGCUCCCAUCAAGGACAAGAACCUUCCCACCGAGGCCAAGGAGGAUCGAGAUAGAAAGAGACAGCAGGACCGACCAACUGUCGAGGUCAAAGACGUGGAGAUCAAGGGUCUGGACAGUGACCCAGAGGCUCGGAAGGAGGAGGAGGACGGUGUGGCAGAAUUGAAUGCUUCCUUGGAGCAGCAGUCAUCCAGGGAUGACAUAGACCUCAUGGCGAACGAGACUUGUCUCAAGGCCAAGGAAAUGCGGGAGGCGCUCCUUCAGAACCAGUUCGAACUCUCUACGCUCAGAGAUGAGUUGGCGAAGCUCAAAUCGCCAGCAGCAGACACCAAGGAGCCAACCCUAUGCAACUGCUUCGGAAGAUUCUGA